AUGUCAUUAGGCAAUACAUUGAAAGGAUUAGCUGCUUGUGGUGUUUCAACUUGUUUGUUUGGAUCUUUAUUCGUACCUAUCAAACGAUUUAAUCCCGGUGACGGUUUCUUCUCGCAAUGGAUAAUGGUUACAGCGAUAUUUCUGGUUGGCAUGAUAAUUAAUGCCUAUGAAGGUUUCCCUCAAUUUUAUCCACUUGUAAUGCUUGGUGGUGCAUUUUGGGCAUUUGGAAAUGCAAUGGCAAUACCAAUUUUCCAAUUAAUUGGUAUGGGUAUGGCUCUAUUGAUAUGGGGUAUUGCUAGUUGUUUGAUGGGUUGGGCAAGUAGUCGUUUUGGUUUAUUUGGCCUAAAAGAAAAUGUCCCAAAUAGUGUCAUUUUGAAUUAUGCUGGCUUAUUGUUUAUUCUUUUCGGUGGAGUGCUAUUUUCACUGGUAAAACCAAUUUCGAAAACUAAUGAUAACCUGAAUGAAAUUCAUGAAGAACGAAAAAAUGAAUCGGUAUUGGAUGUGGAAUCGCCCGAUUUGCUAUUCAAAUCACAUGAGAAUGGCUAUGAAGAAACGAAACUGUUUAAAAUUGAUGAUAAAGAGAAGAAAAGUUUAACGAAGAAGCGAAUGUUCGGUGUAGCAUUGUCGCUGUUUGCAGGUCUAUUUUAUGGGUUAACAUUCGUCCCUGUUACUUAUGUUCAAGAACAUCCCGAUCAGUUUGCUGGUGCCCCAUCAGAAACGCUGCCAUAUGUUUUUGCUCAGUUUACUGGGAUCUUUGUCACUAGUACAAUUAUUUUUAUUAUAUAUGUUGUCACCAAACGUAAUAAGCCAAUGAUCAAUCAUCAAAUUAUCUUACCUGCGUUUGCUUCAGGUGUUAUGUGGGCUAUUGCACAGAUUUCAUGGUUUGUUGCAAAUAAUUAUAUUGCUCAAUCAAUAUCAUUCCCCAUCAAUAGUAUGGUACCAGGUGUCAUUGGAGCUCUUUGGAGUGUAAUCUAUUUCAAAGAAAUUCGUGGUAUUCAAAAUUUGAAAACUUUAUCCGCAGCUAUAAUAAUUACUUUAGCGGGUGCUAUAAUAAUUGGAUUGUCAAAGGAUUUCUAA